AUGGAUUCUGAUUCCCGGUCCGCGGGCCCCGAUGACCAGGGCCUCCGUCGAGCUUGUGAUCAAUGUCGCACCCGUAAAGUCGAGGACGCACGCUUUGGCUUUGCGCUACAGAUCCGUUGUGAUAAGAGUUCGCCAUGUUCCAACUGCCGUAUAACUCAACGCUCCUGCAGCUCAAACGGCGUUGGUCAAAAGCCAAAAGAGCAGAGACAUCGCGUGCUCAUCUCCCUUCAAUAUGAGAAAAAGAUUGAUCUAAUCGAGGAACGACUUUCGAAUAUCGAGGAUCUCCUGCGGAGCCUCAGCAACAACCCUCCCGGCGUAGGUGGUCAUUCAUGGGAUGCCAAUAGGGCCAGACAUACGACCCCCUCAGCCUCGACUAUCGGGGACGCUUCUGUCCUAUCCCACGACGGCGCAGACUCGGAUUCAGCUUUCGAGGGCGACCUCUCGUUGACUGCCCACACCAUGUUCGCCAGCGACUUUAUCGAAGACGCCGUGCAGAGGACUUCGCUCCAGGACGUGGCGCCCAACAUGCAAGCGGCGCUCUCCUCUCUCCGACAGAUCGUCGCUAUGCAGAAUAAGGCUUCUUCCAACCGAGAAUUUCGGUUCCGUACGCAACAGCCGCUUCCUCCGGGUGGCUUGCCUGAAUUGCCCAUGCCGCCCAUGAACGCCGUCGUUGCCUUGCUCAAGCACAUGAAAGUCUCUCCUCCCAGCAUCUUCUCACUCGCAUGCUCUUUCCUCGAUGUUGAUGAUCUGGCUGAGCUCUGCCGGAGAGUGUACUUCUGCACCGACAACUUUGCUGAUACCACCUUCAUCAUAGUGAAUGGUGCGCUCUUCUACUUGUUCAUGGAACAAGCGUACCUGGCAUCCGAUGCGACUGCGCGGGAAGAAUAUGAGAGGUAUCAACACAUGUGUCAAAAUAACCUCGAAAUGGCUCUAGCUUCCUUGCCUUUGAUGCUCCCUGCAAAGAUCGAGAGCAUAGAAGCCUUGCUCCUGGCGGCCGUUUAUGCUGUGGAUGUUUCGAAAGCAUCCCUCGCGUGGCUUUUCACAUCGACUGCUGCAAGCUUGUGUCAGACGCUUGGCUACCACCGCGUAUCGCAAGUCAGGAGUGAGAGCGCUGGGCCCAGGGACAUCAAGACGCUUUUGUUUUGGCAUGUGUACAUGCUCGAUAAGACGUUGUCUUUGAGAACAGGGAGGGCAUCGGUCAUACAGGACUGGGACAUUACCUUGCCGCGGCGAGUCGACAACACCAUGGUUGCGGAUCCAUGGGGUCUCGUCAUAACAACAUGGAUCAUGCAGGCUGAGAUCCAACACCGAGUUUAUGAACAACUAUACAGUCCUCUUGCUUUGGGCCAGUCGCAGGAAGAGCGCAUCGAAACCGUGCGUCGCCUGGAAAACGAACAAAAGACGAUCAUGGCCGCUGCGUCGCAUGUACGGGAACAGGCUCUUUUCGGCCUCAAGGCCCUCAACGCGUCAUCAAUUUUGGACAUACAUCUGCGAGGCGACGAACUGACGUUUCAGUCUACUUUAACUCUCAUCUACAGGGCGUUGCCAGCGCCCGAAGGUUCGCCAACACGAUUUUCUCAGGAAUGUAUAGACACGGCACGAUUUGCCAUGCAGCUGCACCUUGAAUGCAUGCAAAGAAUUGCCGAGGAAGGGCGGCACCUUAAAGCAGUCUAUAUUCACUGGGCAAUCCUUCUCACUCCUUUCACGCCCUUCUUCGUCCUUUUCUGCCACGUCAUCGACACUUCCAGCGCUGACGACUUGAAGAAGCUGAAUGAGUUCGUUGCUUCCCUUCGACCCGCGUGCGCCAUGUCGGAGCCGGUGGAGAAGCUUCACCAGCUCUGUUCAAUGCUCUGUAACGUGGCGACUUUGUACGUGGAGAGCAAGUCGCAGCAAUCAAAUGAGCGUGGCCCCAUCAACGACGAAUUUGAUGUCUAUCUGAGUGCGCUAGGAUUCCCGCCCACGGAGUAUCCUGCUCAGGGUAUGGACACCAGCGACAUUUCGCAGCCUACUCUCCAAAAUGCUCAACUAGGCAAUUGGUUCUCGGGUAGCCAGUACAUGAUGGGUUUGCUUGAAGAAGACCUGUCCCAGUUCAACUGA